AGCUGCGGCUGGGAUGAAACCGGAGGUUCGGCCGGCUACCGUGAGUCUUUGCCUCCGAGCGCAGCGGCGCACGCGUGACAGGACUACUGUGUUGCGCGUGACGGUACGUGUGAACUACCUGAGCUGUGCUUGUGUGUGUGUGUGUGUGUGUGUGUGUGUGUGUGCGUGUGUAUAUGUAUGUGUGCAUGUGUGCGCUUGUGCAUGCGUUUGUGCGGAGGCGCCAGCAAACACAGAAGAACGAACGCGCACCAGUUUGUCUCUUUUAGCCAAUGUAGCAGCUUAGCGCGUCACGCCGGACCAAGACUGAGCAGAACCGGAGUAAAGAUCAGCGCAUAUGACAGCCUCCCUGGUGCUCAACCCUCGCUGGCCAGCGGAAACGGUGAUGUUUGUGUAUGAUAACAACCUGGACGACCUCAACAAAAACAUGGAGGGACUGGUGGGCAGCGGAAACUUCGCUGCGGCGACCGCGGCCAGCCAGUGCCGCAACAUUAUGGCGCACUCGGCGGCCGCCGCCGCUCUGGGCGGCCACGCGUCCGGCCUGGUGCACUCCUCGGCCGGGUACUCCACAGUGGACAUGUCGGCUGCAGCCUCCGGCGAGACUGGCGCCCCCUCGGGCAAGCAGUGCGCGGCGGGGCCGUGCCCGGCAGCGGCAGUGCCGCACCAGAGCUCCUCCACCAGCGCCCCGCUGCCGUACGGCUACUUUGGUAACGGCUACUACCCGUGCAGGAUGGGGCGGGGUUCCCUCAAGUCCUGCACACAGGCUGCGGGAGCCGCGCUCAGCUCCCAGUACAUGGACACAACCGUCGCCACCGAUGAGUACCCCAACCACCGGGCCAAGGAGUUCGCCUUCUAUCACGGCUACCCGAGCCCGUACCAGUCGAUGGCCAGCUAUCUGGACGUGUCGGUGGUCCAGACGCUCGGAAGCGGCGAGCCGCGCCACGACACUCUGCUCCCCGUGGACACGUACCAGCCCUGGGCUCUGACCAACGGCUGGGGGGGGCAGAUGUACUGCUCCAAGGACCAGGGGCAGGCCGGACACCUCUGGAAGUCCGCCUUGGCGGACGUGGUGGCGCAUCAGCACGACGGCUCGCCCUUCCGCCGCGGCAGAAAGAAGCGGAUACCGUACACCAAGGUCCAGCUCAAGGAGCUGGAGAAGGAGUACGCCGCCAACAAGUUCAUCACCAAGGACAAGAGGAGGAAGAUCUCGGCAGUGACCAACCUGUCCGAGCGGCAGAUCACCAUCUGGUUCCAGAACCGGCGGGUGAAGGAGAAAAAGUUCGUGGCCAAAGUGAAGACCAGCGCGCCGUAGGACGGUUUCACCGCAGGACUGCGAGUUUGUGGGUCACACGAGAAGCGAGGAGCAGAGACGAGUGAUGGGGAGAAACAAACCAGCUUCACGUGCGUUGUUCGCUGGACGCGUCAACGCGUGGAAGAGAAAACACACUAAGACAAAGCCAGAUAAAAAGAAAAGAACCAAAGCCCUUUUGUCAGAGGCGUCUUGUUAAUACAGCACCUUCCUGCCUGCGUUCAUGUACCUGUCUGUCUGUGUUUACUGUGUCAGUUCUGUCCGUGCCAAUAGCUGAAAACAAUCUAUUACGCUGUUAAUAUUGUUUAUAACUCAUGUAAACCAGUAAUCAAAGUGCAACACUUAAUAAAUUCUUUAAGCCUCCGUUA